AUGGACAAUAUAAAGCAAUUUAACUCGAUGGGCUCCGAUGAUAAUUGGAGAACUACAAACUUUCGACAAAGCGUUGUCUCGAAAAUUGAGGAGUGUAUUCAGCGAUCAGGGAUGCAAGUAGCGCGCAACAGUAGCGAAAUGGAAAACCAUGUAUAUAUGAAGGCAAAAACACGGGAAGAAUACAUGAACAUGGUCGCAAAACUAAUACUACAUGUUAGGGAAAUGUCCCAGCCGAAACAGAACCAAGCAGGCGGAUCAAUGCAAGGUCCCAACCAGAAUCAGUCUGGCCCAAAUCAGCAGGUGCAGGCGCAGCCAGGCCAAGCGCAACAAGGACCGAACAGCCAAACAGGCCUAGCCCCUGAUCCAAUCAACGCUCUACAGAACCUCGCUUCACAAGGUACAAGGAACCAGAUGAUGAACAUGGGCCAAGGACAGAUGCAAUCUCAGGGGGUGCUAGGCCCGAACCCGGGGAUGGCCGGUUUACAAGCACAAAUAGGCCAGCAAGGCCCCAUUUCGUCUCAAGGGGGGCCGCAGUCCCAGACCGCGACGAAUCUCCUCCAGACCUUGAAUCAACGGCCCCAGCUGAACAUGCAGCUCCAAAACAAACUCGGCUUGGGCAUGUUGCCGAAUCAAAACCAAAUGGGCAACAAUAUGGUGUCUAUGGGGGGCAUGGGGAAUCCGAUGGGCAGCCAGCUACAGAACCAGCUGGCGGGGCCUGGAAUGCAGGGCCAGAUGAUGCCUAAUAUGUCGAUGACCAACAACAUGCAAGUGCCCUUAUCCGGCGCCAGCACAAUGGUGGGACAGAUGCAGUGCAAUCAAGUAGUCGGCGGUAUGGGCGGACAGAUGGCGCCCAAUUCAAUGCAAGGGCAAAUGCAGGGACAAAUGGUUGGGGGCAUGGGCAACAGCCAGAUGGUGAACAUGAACAUGCUGCACAUGCAGGGCCGCGUUGGCAACAAGCCCGAGGGGGGCGGCAUGCUGGGGGCCGGCUACCCGCCCUCCAGGGCUCCGCCCCCCAACCAGUUCCUGCGCCAGAGCCCAUCGCCGUCCGCCUCCUCGCCCAACAUGGGCGGGCCCAGUCCGGUCUCGAUGGGUGGCAGCGUGCUCGGCGGGGCGCUGGCGUCUCCGAUGUCCUCGCUGGGCGGCAUGGCGCCCUGCGGUGGGGUCGGGAGCCCCUCGCCCUCAGCGCCCGCCCACCUGGCCCACCACGCCCAACAGCAGCGCACGCCCGUGGGCGGCGGCGUGGCCUCGCCCGGCGGCGAGGAGGCCGUCUACCGCGAGAAGGUGCGCCAGCUCUCCAAGUACAUCGAGCCGCUGCGCAGGAUGGUGCAGCGGAUGGUCAACGAGGGCGAGAACGUGGAGAAGCUGACUAAGAUGAAGAACCUGCUGGACAUCCUGUCGAACCCGAACAAGCGGAUGCCGCUGGAGACGCUGAUCAAGUGCGAAGUGGUGCUCGAGAAGCUGGACUUCAAACGCAGCGAGAGCGUCGGACUGGGGCUGCCCACGGCGACCGGGAAGCAGGAGCAGAUCUUCAAUCCGCUGUUGGAGGUGGUGAACAACUGUCUACAGUCACCGCUCGCCAACCACACCCUCAAACGCACCUUCGGCUCCACACUGGAUGCGCUCAACGGUCCAGAGAUUAAGAAUCUACCUCCACCUCAGAAAAUGCCUAAACUGGAUGAGCCGACGAUGGAAAUUCCAGAUGUCCUACAAGGUGAAAUCGCAAGAUUAGAUUCAAGAUUUAAGGUGUCGCUGGAGACGAUGCAGCUGUCGGGCGGCAGCGGCGCCAUCUCGCUGGUGGCGCAGCUGGACGACGUGCGGCUGCCGUGCGUGCCGGCCGUGCACGUGGCGGUGCCGCGCGACUACCCGGCGCACGCGCCCGCGCGCCUGCGCACGCGCACGCCGCGCGCCGACCAGCACCGCGCCUUCCUCGCGCGCGUCGACCAGGCCAUGGACGCGCGCUGCGCCCGAUUGCCGAAGAGCUGCUCCGUGGGACAACUGCUCGACGCAUGGGAGAUGAGCGUGCGGCAAGCUUGCGCGCCCAACGCCACUACGUACACGCCCGUGCCCGCCCUCGGUCUG